AUCAAAACGAGAGAGAAGUGAGGAAAGUUACAGUUCAAUUUCUUUUUCUAAAAUGUGAAUACUUAUUUGGUAUUUUUAAUCUAGGUUAUUUUUAUUGUGUGAAGUUUUGCGGGCUUGUUCAGUAGGAAGAUGAAAAAGUCUCCAUUGCCAUUGCAAAAUUUAUGCGGGCCCGAUAAGCAGUUGAUCAAGAAGGAAGAUUUGGCGAAGCUUUUGAGAUGGCAUUUUGGGCAUUCUGGUUUCCGAGGGAAGCAAUUGGAAGCCAUUGAAGCCGUAUUAUCAGGUAGAGAUUGUUUUUGUCUAAUGCCAACUGGCGGAGGAAAGUCGAUGUGUUAUCAGAUUCCUGCUCUAGCAAAACCUGGGAUUGUGCUCGUUGUUUGUCCUUUGAUAGCCCUUAUGGAAAAUCAAGUAAUGGCGUUGAAAGAGAAAGGAAUUGCUGCUGAAUAUCUCUCAUCAACCCAGAUUGCGAAAGUCAAGAAUAAGGUAUCGAAGAUUCUGAUGAAUUUUUUAUACUGAUAAGUAGGAGUAAUGAUUAGUGGCAG